AUGCUUGAAAAUGACUCAACAGAUAAUAUUGAAGAAGUUGAAGCGGCUCUUUCCUUCGAACCAACGAAAGGUAACGUUAUUUUCUCUUCGGCGAUCCACUGCUAUGCCUUCGGAGUGGAGGAUUUUGCCGAGAUGUAUGCUGAAAAAUUGAAAAUUCCUAAACUGGAGCUGACAAAUGCAUUAUUUGGAGAUUUUUACAUAGCUGGUGGGAAAAUAAAGGACGAUGCUGCUUCUCGUGGCAAGAAGCCCUUGUUUGUGCAGCUCGUGCUCGAACCGUUGUGGGCGCUCCACGAUUGUGGCUUGGUCGAUAACGAUUUGCCCAAAUUGGUUGAAUUAAUGGGUUAG